AAACGAUCAAAACAAAGAAAUUUACUCAGAGAUGAAAAAUAUCACUGUUCUUUUUAAAUAGCACUGAAUUUCGCAUUAAAAUUUUUGAAAUGCAGUUUGGUUCGAAAACGAUCAUUUUUAUUUUAACUAUGAUUGGCUUCAAUGAGAUAUAAAUUGUGACUAGUGAACAAAGGCGUACGAUACAGUAGCUUAGAUGAAUGUCUGCGCUAUGUUUGUCUGAAGGGCGGGAGAAUUGUGAUCUUUUUUGCUAUACGGUCGUUUAAACUAUUUGGCUAGAUGAGUGUUAUAUGCAUGCAUCAUUGCUCUUCGCUGCUCCAAAGAACUGUCGACUCUGUCAAUUUACUUCAAGGCCUUUCGAAUCGUGAUGAAUCUGCUAGGCAUGAAGCAGCUGUUACUAUACAACGUAUAUUUGAUUCGUGGUAUUUUGGCUUUGGUAGCCCCGCUGUCGCUGGUUUCUUAGAGACUGUAGCCAAUGAUACCGGUGGGGCUACUCUUGAUACGUCUAUGCACGGGUUGAUUACGGAGCAGAUCCCAGAUCUUUUAAGAAUACUGCAUACCGCCCCAUCAUCUGAUAUACGGUCUGCUGCUAGAGAUAUCUUGCGUGAUUUAAAGAUUCAGAAGGGGUUCAAAAUUCCGAAUACCGUUACAUCGUCUCCUAGUUUUAUUCAGUCACUAAACAUGGACCACAUGAAAUGCAUGGUUGAUGAACCAAAUGAAGGGGAUCCUUUUUACACUACUUAUAUAUUGUUUCGUGAGUAUUGGUUUCAAUGGGGACGCCUAAAUAACUACAUCAAUGUAAUGGGGUAUCAUCCUGAAUAUCUUGAAUGUUACAUGAAACUAAAGGAUCAUCUUUUUCGUGGUGACUUGCCAUUACCUUAUCCAGAUCGUUACUAUAUAGCCAUUAUUGCAGCUGCACAACAACGGUGUAUUUACCUAGUUCUUUUUUUUGUGCGUCAAUUCAUUAGUUCUGGUGGCCCUUUGUCGUGGUUACAGGGAGUACAGUAUGGGCCCCCAAAGUGGCGCCAAUUAUGUGGAUUAAACAGGGAUCUCUCAGAUCGUCCUUGGAAGAUUACAGCUGAUGAUAUUUACAACUUGACUCAUGGAGGGGAUUCGAAUCCAUUAAAAGAAGCAUUAUCAUUGUCUGAAUUAAUGCACGUUGUAGCUAUCCUGUCUCAUGUUCAUGCUUUAGCUUGUUUCAUAUUUGGUUGUGGGAUUCGUCCUGAAAUUGAUAAUUAUGAUGGAUUAAUAAAUCUAAAUGUAGAUAACUGUAAUGAAGCAUACAUAUAUAACAAUCAAACUAGCAAUGGAAGUUUCCAAAAUAAUCUUCAUAGUUCUGAAAAUGGGAGCACAUGUUCCUGUUUAGUUGAACCAUGGGACGAUCAUACUUCAGAAAACGGAAAUGUAAAUAACCAGGACUCACACAAUGAUGAACCAUCUGAUGUAGAUGGAAAAUUAAAAGCUUCCAAAUUACUGAAAAUCAUCCAAACGGAAGAUUCAAGUUGGGAAGAUGUCGCAGAAGAUAUUGUUGCUGAACAAUUUUUAACCGCUAUCAUAUCUAAUAGUCAAUUGGAUUCUGAAGCUGUCUUCCCAUCAAAUAAUAUGAUGAAGCAUAUUGAAAAACUAUCUUAUCAUCCGCUCAUCUCACGUUUCUUAGAUUCUCCACAGUCUGGUUACAAAAAUUUCGAUGCUCGUCCAUUUCAUGCAACUGAGUAUUCAUGGCAAGAAGAAGGAUUACCUCUAGCUGAUCGUCUGUGCACUGAGCUAGGUUCACUUUUGGAUGAGAAAUUCCGAAAUGCUUAUGAUUUGACCUAUAAUACUCUAAACGGGAUUCAAAAUGUCGAUACGUCUCUUUAUCGUCGUACAGUUUGGAAUGAAGUGCAAAGUUUUUUCGGUAUAUGUCAUGAUGAUUUUCGUUAUGACCGUGUAAAUCGUUUGUUAACUACUUCACAACGUGCCUAUUUAAAAUUGUGUUCCACUUUCCCAGUUGCAGUUUAUACAAUACAAAAUCUCAAAUUUGAAAAUAUUUUCCCUGCCCUAUCAUCUUCAGAAAUGAUUCAUGUGAUCCUUAUGAUUAUUGAGGCUAGACAACAAGCUUGUUUAUCGUAUAUCCUUCGAGCGGUUUCUCAAUGUCAAGUCAGAAAUAAUUGAAUAUAUAUGUAUACAUAAUGUAUUUCUCCAUUAAUAUUUUCGAACAGGCAGUUACUUCAUAUCUGCGAGUCUAUGCAAAAAUAUUUUGUGUUUCCUGCCUACAACUCUGAACUAUGGAUAUCGUGUUGAUUGUUCACCUGACAUACAUGGAUUAAAAACAAAGUAUUCAACGUAUUUCACUCCCCAUUCUUAUUCCACUGAUGCAUUUGCACUCAGAAUACUUUCAUUCGUUUAAGUGAAGUAAUUCCUUCCGUUUUUGGAUAAUUCAUUACAUGACAGUUUGUUAACGCCAUCAUUAUUUGUUAUUUAUCUUUCUAUUCGGAUGUUCUCUAUUUUUUCAGUUCUCAAUUAAUUCACCGUUGUUCCUUUUUCUUCAAGCUUAAAUUAAGAUAUCGGUAGCGUUUUCAGCGUCAAGUAUAUAUUAUUAUUUAUCAUUCUUGUGGUUUGGCCUUUUAUAACCUUUUACUGUGAUUAUUUUAAACAAGACUCUGUGUUUGUGUCUUCUCAUGUAUGCUAGUUCAAUUAAAAAAGGAAGAUAAUAGUUAACAUGCAUAUUUGGUUGCAUUGACCAUGUGUUUUUGCAAAAUUAUCCUUCACGUAACUCUGUCAGUUAGGCUCGUAAAAUUGUAUGCUUGUGUCCAUGUUAAAUGGGGAGGGGAACUUACUGUUCAUAGAGUUUUAGAGUAUCUCUGUGUGUUGGUUACUGUCCAUUUACUGUUCAGUACUGAUUGCUAUUUUGUCGACUUUUGGUCACUAUCCUCUCUCAUCGUGAUUUUAUGUUUACAUUCAAAUAAUGUUCUCUUCGUGUAUGGAGAAAGCAACUUCACAGUUUACCAACCUUCGAUUUUUCAAACAAUAAUUUUUAUUUUCCCUACUACUCCCCCAGUUUAUGGUGCAUUAAUUUAAGAAAAGUUUAUUGCUUUUAUUCUCCAGAAUUAUGUUUAAUAUACACAUAUAUAUUUACAUAUUUGUUGUUUAGUUAUGACUAAAUCGCCUGUCCUGAAACUUCUUGACGUCAUUGUUUUCUUAUUUCUCUCUGUAUUUUCCCAUAAUCAUAAUUAUACAUACAUGUAAUUUUAUUGGUCGAGUGUAGAAUUAUUUUUAUUGGAAACAGUUUUUCGUGGUUCCUUUUCUCUCUGUAUUCAAAAACCCGGCUUGUAUAAAUAUAUAUGCAAGCUUUGUUCUGUGACUUGUUUUUCCCCAAAUAUUUUCUCUCACUCUAUUUUUCUCCCUGUAGUUCUUAUCAUCUCUCUGUUAAUGUUAGUAAUUUACCAUAAAGAAAAAUGAAAGAUGCCAUAAAGAAGGCCCCAGCAAAUAACAAUUAACAGUCACUGGAAACGUCUAGUUUUAUUUUUUAAGUACUUUUGUUUAAAAUCUGAUUUGUUGAUGCAUUUCGUUCGAGCACAAGUUACAAGAACCAUUGUGUUCAUAUAUAUUAGAUUUUUGUGAUUUAAUUUGAGCGUUUUCACACAUGUACACAUAAUCUAUAUGCGAUUGUAAAAUCUUGAUAUGAUAGCAUGUAACUUUAAAGCCACCAGCAGUCGAUAAGGAAUUUUCGAAGUGACAUAGUAAUAUGUACAGUAGCAACAAAAGGUACGGCUUCCUAACCAUGGGUUUAAUAAAAGAAGAUUUUUUAUCAUUUGUUUUAGAGAUAACAAUCACUGGAUAAAGGAUUGUAAACAAGAAUCAAAGAUAAAUCGACAAAUAUAUCAUAUUUCACACUUAUUUCCAAAAAUCUAUUCUACAAUGUUUAAUAACCGAAUUUUUGGAGGAGUGAUUGCCCUGUCAUCACUUUAUAAAUUCAGUCACAUUAAUCUAUUAGGCAAUCAUCUCAGUGUAUUAUCAAAUGCUCUGCCAUAGUCGCGUAGGUGAUGUUAUUUGAGUGUGUUAAGUAACAGGUGGUCAGCAUCUUUCAUUACAAAGUCUGCUUCAUACUAGCUGUUUUACUUACCAGUCCAAUUCAGUAUGAGGUUGCAGAAUAUGUGUCAAAAAAUACCAUUUAUUCUAAUGUAGCAAACAGCUUGAGUUGCGGAGUGCAUUGAUUAUAAAUAUUCGGAUUGAUUAUAAAUAUCUGUAUAUCGUUACAUAUAUUUUCUGGUCUUAUUUCAGGUUAUUUGUUUGUUGGUACUUUUAAAUAGUCUAGUAAAUUUAAGUGAAAUUACUUUCA